UCAUAACGAUCGUAUUUUAAUUUUACAGAUCAUUUUUCACUUCCUGUUUUCUAUAUUUGAGUUUCCUUAUUUUAAAGUUAAAAUCCCGUCGUAGCAACACCGUUAUGGGCAACAACAACAGCUCAACCACAGAAUCAGAUGGAGAACAUGACGUCACAGAAACCGUCAUCGAAGCACCCCUACCAGUCGAACCUCGGGCCGAUCCAGAUAUCAUUGAAAACAUAGAAGGAGCUUCUUUAACGUCAAACACUAUCACAUCGGAAUUCGGGGAAAUCAAGGAGGUUAUCCUGAAGAAAAGCGCCGAAGCAGGGAAGGCAUAUGUGUAUAGAGACAAAGAUUUUCCCGCUGAAUCUAAAUCUUUGUAUUACACAUCGCGUGCACCAAGUAAAUGGGGAGACAUUGAAUGGAAACGGCCUAUGGAUCUUUCACCAAAUCCACGCUUGUUAAAGAACGGUCAAAGUAGUGAGGAUAUCAUACAAGGGAUGCUUGGAAACUGUUGGUGGCUCGCAUCGUCUGCAGCUAUAUGCAGAUCGUCGAAACAUAUACAAAAGGUUGUUCCCGGGGACCAGGUAAUGACGGGACCAGAUUACGUAGGCAUGUUUCACUUCCGGUUUUGGAGGUUUGGACAAUGGGUUGACGUCAUAGUUGAUGACAACCUUCCCACACUGCGUGGUUCCCUCUGCUUCGGUAGAUCAGCGAAUCCAGAUGAGUUCUGGCUGCCGUUGAUGGAAAAGGCCUAUGCUAAAGUCCAUGGGUCCUACCAAGCCACCGAGGGAGGUUUUACACAAGAUGGAAUGGAAGACUUAACUGGUGGUAUCGCUGUCACUUAUGACUUGGGUAGCAAGACACCCAGUAAUCUAUUCAGGAUAAUGACCAAAGCUUUACGGAACGAUAGUUUCGUAUGCGGAGGUAUUCAAGGAACAACUGAAUCUGUUGACUCAACCACAGGCCUUGUGAGUGCACACGCUUAUUCAGUGCUUAAAGUGGCAAAGGUCAACUACCGUGGGGAUACAGUUAAGCUGGUUAAAUUAAGGAACCCAUGGGGUGGCAAGAAUGAAUGGAAAGGUGAUUGGAGCGACGAUUCAUUUACGUGGCACUACAUACCCGAUGACGUAAAGUACAGCAUGGGGUACGAGAACAGAGACAAUGGAGAAUGGUGGAUGUCGUUUGAUGACUUCACAAACUACUUUACUGACGUCACAUUCUGCACGGUUGGACCAGAUUUCGACAGUGACGGGAAACCGACAGGCGACAGAUGGCUACUUUCUACUGUGCAAGGCAACUGGGUGAAUGGUAGGACAUCUGGCGGAAGUAGGAACGACCUCCGUAAAUACCAGACCAACCCUCAAUACUUGCUUGAGUUCAACCAACCAGAUGUGUUCCGUCCGGACGAGGACGCACCAGAAGAAGAAGGCAAAUGCUCGGUUGUGAUUGGUCUAAUGCAGGAGUAUAGGAGAGAAGGUAGAAGUGACGGAAUGAAGAAUCUUUAUCUGUGCCUCAAUAUCUUCAAGGUAACAACCAGACCCAGUGGCAAGCUUGAUUAUCGCUUCUUCAGUCGUAACAGAGAAGUUAUUAACACGGGUUCUUAUAUCAACCGACGAGAAGUCACGUUAACUGCUGAACUGGAGCCUGGUAGUUACCUGUUGGUGCCUUCUACGUUCUACGGCGACGAAGACGGAGAAUUCUUAGUCCGUAUUUUUACAGAACAGAGCGUAAACGUGGAGGAGCUUCGAUAGUUUACCAAACAUAAUUUUAUAUAUAGUAGAGUGGAGAAAGACGGGACACCUUUAGCACAUAAUGUCCAAACAUCCUUAUCGUGUUUUAAACAAUUAACAACGGUCUAUGGGAGUUGUGAGGAUACGAUAUUACAUUUCUUUGAUUGUUCUUCGUUUACUACCAAAUAGGACGAGAAAAUACACCAAAGAGGUGUCCCAUCUUCCCCCACCCUAUACUAUACAUAUGAAAUUUAUCAAACAACUAUAGAUUAUUAACCAUUAACAUUCAUUUCUUUUCAAAAAAAUAGUCGAUACUCACAUGGGGUUUAAGCAAUAUCGUACUAGGUUGGGGUAAGAUGGUCCAUGUUUUUAAUCCGUUUUAUCUUUCCAUUUGUUAGUAAACAAAGAAUUUUUACGCAGUUAUACAACGUAUUUUCCCGACUUCAAAAUAGCGUUGUUAAUUGUUAAAAACACGUUUAGUAAUACGGGAUAUUAUGUGCUAACGGUAUCCAUCUUACCCCGACCUUUUAUAUUAACCAUUUAAUCUUUCAAAAACACUUCUUUUAAAGCUAAGAUCCCAAUCAUACUUUACUAGAACAGUUUCCAUGGCCCAUCUCACGCUGUAAGGUUUACAACAUUAGUAUACGGUUUAAGUAGUUCGAAUAUCUGUGUACUACUUUGUUUUGUACGUCUAUGGGCACUUUCUUUAGAGUUGCGACGCAGUUUUAGUCGUUUGUACUGCACUAUUACGUAUCAACACUAUACUGCUUAUACACCAACCAUUACUUACUGCAAAUUUCAAGCGAGUAUUUGUUUUAUUUGCCGAAUUUGAAACCAGUGUCUUUUUAUUCUAUAUGGGUAAGGUUCUGUGGCGACGCAAGCCAGGAAGCCCUAGGGUUUUGGCUAAAAUUGGCCCACUACCCAUACAACUACCAACGUUUUUUUUCAUUUUUUUUGUUUUAAUUUCUAAUCUUCAUUAUACUACUGUUUUUGAUGUCAUAAUUAUGUCCGUGCCAUAAUUGUGUUAUAUUAGCCAGAAUAAGCAAUAAAUUUUCAAUUUUUCUCUCAA